CUCGACAAGCGUUGAGGGCUUGCGAGAAGAGUAUAUCGGAAGCCGUGGCACGAUUAGACCCCUCUAGGUGGGGUAAGAUCAUCUAGUACCGAAGCCGACGGCCGGUCUGGUAGCCGUUGCAGGUUCCUGACAAGCCUCGCGGAAAACACCUGGCGCAUGCUGGAGUGAACUUCAAGAUGCCCCUCGACGAAGAAGGCGCCAAAUGGUCGUGCGAGCCAUGCAUUCGUGGCCAUCGAUCAUCAAAAUGUCAGCACUUUGAUAGAAUGAUGAUGAAAGUACCGAAAGCCGGUCGACCUCUUGCCAGAUGCCCACAUCCAAAAGGAACGUGUAGCUGUCAGAAAACAUAUGCUUUUAUGAUCCGGAUUCCGAAAGGUUCUGGUUGUUUGUGCAGACCAGUGUACCAGGUGCCUGCAGAUGCAGCUGGAUCUGUCUCCUCAACUCCCGCCACUCCAAUGCUAACGCCAUCAUCUGCGCCCAACAAAGUGCAAAAGUCCGGUAAACGACAGAUCAAAACAGCGCCAGAGAACCUGAACAAAGCGCUGAACUCCAUACCGGAGUUUGGGAAACAGUUGACCCAGACCCAGAAUGAAUUCCUCAACAAUCCCAUCUCGUACACUACUCAGGAUGGGGAACCGAGCGAGCCAUAUACUACAGCGACCCAGGACUCGAAAGCGUUGAACGACAGCAUUUACCAUGUAUCUGAAAACCUUCAAGACGUAACAGUGCCAGAACCAAAAAGUUGUUGCUCUCGUGCACAAAAGCCAACUGUAUCAACUCUAACCCCGGAAGCCCAGCGUUCUUGCUGCGCGAAACCUAAACCAACAUCUGAGGUUGAAUGCCCUAACGGCACUCAGAAUGGAAAAUCGGUUGGACCCCAAUCAUCGAGUUCCAUUGGAAACGCAACACCAUUCUCCCCCUUCGCCAAUCCUCAAGUUUUUAAUUGGCAAAAUUUGCAAACAGUGAAGCGGGACCCGAACUUGUCUUCGUCGUCUCUGUUUCAGAUUCACCAACCACUUUCAUCAAUGGUCCCUGAGUAUUUGUCCCACUACAACCAAACUUCGCUGGAGAUAUCACUUCACGCAUCCUCCUCGAAUGAAACCGAGUUGCCUCAAGCAUUGAUGCCACCGCAGUUCCCAGAGCUUACAGAACAUCUCAAUCUUUUGUCUGCAGCAGCGGAGGAUGGUGAUGUCAACCAUGAGUGUUAUUGCGGUGAUAACUGCCAAUGCUUAGGCUGUGCUUCCCAUCCGUUUAACAACACGACCCAGCAGCAUGUACGAGAAAUGGGACUCUUGGUAGCCUUGAACGAUGAUGAGCAAGGCCUAGAAAGCCCAUGCAGUCGUCAAAACUCUCCUUUACUGGGUCAACAACCGGUGUUUUCUCCACUGCAAUAUUCGUAUACGAACUUCGGACAUCCAUCUGAUAAUCUUGUGCAACAACUGGGAACGCAUCCCUUGCAGAGCGGUACACCGGGCAGUCUCAGCGGUGGUUACACAACUCCUUCCACAAAUUACCUCCCGAGUCAACACAUGAUGGAGCCCUCCGAGUACUACACCCUCGAAUAUCCAAUAGGGCUUCCCAGUGCUUGCUCCGACAUGACGGGUAGUUGCCAAUGCGGGAACGAUUGUACUUGUGAAGGAUGCCUCACGCAUAGUGGGCAUAACGGCUAUGCAGUGGCGCCCGGGACAUCCGAAAAACAGAGCUGGGACAACGCAGACUUCCCAAAUUUAGCGGCGGAUGGGGCGAUGCCUGGCACAUCGGAGAUGUCUACACUUGAGAAUGUAUUCGUGCCCUCACAUUCCAUGCUGUGAUGUGCCUCUCAUCUGGACUGACCUGAGCCUCACUCCUCCCCCUCAACAGCAGAGGGCCUGCCUUCUGAACAAUCACCUGCAUCAGAUGUGCU